GGGUCCCGUGACGUCGUUUCCCGUCGCCGUGGUGUGCAGCAGCAUAGACAGCGAUGGCGGCUCUCGGGGACUGCGAGUUCCUAGUGAGGAGGGCUCGGGAGCUGGUGCUGGAAGAUACGUGCGCAGCCCGAGCCUGGCUCAUCACUGCCCGCACCCUGUACCCGCAGGACUUUAAUAUCCAGGUAUGAUCUGACAUCACACUGAGAGCUGGGAGUCAUAAUAAUACACUGUGUAUGGAAUGACAUCACACUGACUGCACACUGAGAGCUGGGGGGUCAUAAUAAUACACUGUGUAUGGAGUGACAUCACACUGACUGCACACUGAGAGCUGGGGGUCAUAAUAAUAUACUGUGUAUGGAGUGACAUCACACUGACUGCGCACUGAGAGCUGGGGAUCAUAAUAAUACACUGUGUAUGGAAUGACAUCACACUGACUGCACACUGAGAGCUGGGGGUCAUAAUAAUACACUGUGUAUGGAAUGACAUCACACUGACUGCACACUGAGAGCUGGGGGUCAUAAUAAUACACUGUGUAUGGAAUGACAUCACACUGACUGCACACUGAGAGCUGGGGGUCAUAAUAAUACACUGUGUAUGGAAUGACAUCACACUGACUGCACACUGAGAGCUGGGAGUCAUAAUAAUACACUGUGUAUGGAAUGACAUCACACUGACAUCACACUGAGAGCUGGGGGUUAUAAUAAUACACUGUGUAUGGAAUGACAUCACACUGACUGCACAUUGAGAGCCGGGGGUCAUAAUAAUACACUGUGUAUGGAAUGACAUCACACUGACUGCACACUGAGAGCUGGGGGUCAUAAUAAUACACUGUGUAUGGAAUUACUUCACACUGACUGCACACUGAGAGCUGGGGGUCAUAAUAAUACACUGUGAAUGGAAUGACAUCACACUGACUGCACACUGAGAGCUGGGGGGUCAUAAUAAUACACUGUGUAUGGAAUGACAUCACACUGACUGCACACUGAGAGCUGGGGGACAUAAUAAUACACUGUGUAUGGAAUGACAUCACACUGACUGCACACUGAGAGCUGGGGGUCAUAAUAAUAUACUGUGUAUGGAGUGACAUCACACUGACUGCACACUGAGAGCUGGGGGUCAUAAUAAUACACUGUGUAUGGAGUGACAUCACACUGACUGCACACUGAGAGCUGGGGGUCAUAAUAAUACACUGUGUAUGGAAUGACAUCACACUGACUGCACACUGAGAGCUGGGAGUCAUAAUAAUACACUGUGUAUGGAAUGACAUCACACUGACUGCACACUGAGAGCUGGGGGUCAUAAUAAUACACUGUGUAUGGAAUUACAUCACACUGACUGCACACUGAGAGCUGGGUGUCAUAAUAAUACACUGUGUAUGGAAUGACAUCACACUGACUGCACACUGAGAGCUGGGGGUCAUAAUAAUACACUGUGUAUGGAAUAACAUCACACUGACUGCACAUUGAGAGCUGGGGGUCAUAAUAAUACACUGUGUAUGGAGUGACAUCACACUGACUGCACACUGAGAGCUGGGGGUCAUAAUAAUACACUGUGUAUGGAAUGACAUCACACUGACUGCACACUGAGAGCUGGGGGGUCAUAAUAAUACACUGUGUAUGGAAUAACAUCACACUGACUGCACAUUGAGAGCUGGGGGUCAUAAUAAUACACUGUGUAUGGAAUGACAUCACACUGACUGCACACUGAGAGCUGGGGGUCAUAAUAAUAUACUGUGUAUGGGCCUACUGUGAGAGCUAGGGGGUCAUAAUAAUACCUGUGUAUGAAUGACACUAUCACACUGACUACACACACUGAGAGCUGGGAGUCAUAAUAAUACACUGUGUAUGGAGUGACAUCACACUGACUGCACACUGAGAGCUGGGGGUCAUAAUAAUACACUGUGUAUGGAGUGACAUCACACUGAGAGCUGGGAGUCAUAAUAAUACACUGUGUAUGGAGUGACAUCACACUGACUGCACACUGAGAGCUGGGGGUCAUAAUAAUACACUGUGUAUGGAAUGACAUCACACUGACUGCACACUGAGAGCUGGGGGUCAUAAUAAUACACUGUGUAUGGAGUGACAUCACACUGACUGCACAUUGAGAGCUGGGGGUCAUAAUAAUACACUGUGUAUGGAAUGACAUCACACUGAGAGCUGGGAGUCAUAAUAAUACACUGUGUAUGGAAUGACAUCACACUGACUGCACACUGAGAGCUGGGGGACAUAAUACACUGUGUAUGGAGUGACAUCACACUGACUGCACACUGAGAGCUGGGGGUCAUAAUAAUACACUGUGUAUGGAAUGACAUCACACUGACUGCACACAGAUAGUUGGAUGGUCAUAAUAAUACACUGUGUAUGGAAUGACAUCACACUGAGAGCUGGGGAAUCAUAAUAAUACACUGUGUUCGGAAUGACAUCACACUGACUGCACACUGAUAGUUGGGUGGUCAUAAUAAUAUACUGUGUAUGGAAUGACAUCACACUGACUGCACACUGAGAGCUGGGAGUCAUAAUAAUACACUGUGUAUGGAAUGACAUCACACUGACUGCACACUGAGAGCUGGGGGUCAUAAUAAUACACUGUGUAUGGAAUUACAUCACACUGACUGCACACUGAGAGCUGGGUGUCAUAAUAAUACACUGUGUAUGGAAUGACAUCACACUGACUGCACACUGAGAGCUGGGGGUCAUAAUAAUACACUGUGUAUGGAAUGACAUCACACUGACUGCACACUGAGAGCUGGGGGUCAUAAUAAUACACUGUGUAUGGAGUGACAUCACUGACUGCACACACAAAGAGCUGGGGGGUCAUGUAAUACACUGUGUAUGGAAUUACAUCACACUGACUGCACACUGAGAGGCUGGGGGGUCAUAAUAAUACACUGUGUAUGGAAUGACAUCACACUGAGAGCUGGGGGUCAUAAUAAUACACUGUGUAUGGAGUGACAUCACACUGACUGCACACUGAGAGCUGGGGGUCAUAAUAAUACACUGUGUAUGGAGUGACAUCACACUGACUGCACACUGAGAGCUGGGGGUCAUAAUAAUACACCGUGUAUGGAAUGACAUCACACUGACUGCACACUGAGAGCUGGGGGUCAUAAUAAUACACCGUGUAUGGAAUUACAUCACACUGACUGCACACUGAGAGCUGGGGAUCAUAAUAAUACACUGUGUAUGGAAUAACAUCACACUGACUGCACAUUGAGAGCUGGGGAUCAUAAUAAUACACUGUGUAUGGAAUGACAUCACACUGACUGCACACUGAGAGCUGGGGGGUCAUAAUAAUACACUGUGUAUGGAGUGACAUCACACUGACUGCACACUGAGAGCUGGGGGGUCAUAAUAAUACACUGUGUAUGGAGUGACAUCACACUGACUGCACACUGAGAGCUGGGGAUCAUAAUAAUACACUGUGUAUGGAAUGACAUCACACUGACUGCACACUGAGAGCUGGGGGUCAUAAUAAUACACUGUGUAUGCAGUGACAUCACACUGACUGCACACUGAGAGCUGGGGGUCAUAAUAAUACACUGUGUAUGGAAUGACAUCACACUGACUGCACGCACUGAAAGAGCUGGGGUCAUAAUAAUGCACACUGUGUAUGGAGUGACAGCACACUGACGCUGCACACACUGAAACUGGGGAGAUUCAUAAUAUACACUGUGUGUGGAGUGACAUCCACACACUGACUGCACACUGAGAGCUGGGGGUCAUAAUAAUACACACAAUGGCAUGGGUGACAUCCACACUGACUGCACACUGAGGCUGGGGGUCAUAAUAAUACCCGUGUAUGGAAUGACAUCACACUGACUGCACACACUGAGGAAGCUGGGGUCAUAAUAAUACACACGUGUAUGGAAUGACAUCACACUGACUGCACACUGAGAGCUGGGGGUCAUAAUAAUACACUGUGUAUGGAAUGACAUCACACUGACUGCACACUGAGAGCUGGGGGGUCAUAAUAAUACACUGUGUAUGGAAUAACAUCACACUGACUGCACACUGAGAGCACACUGAGAGCUGGGGGUCAUAAUAAUAUACUGUGUAUGGAAUGACAUCACACUGACUGCACACUGAGAGCUGGGGGUCAUAAUAAUAUACUGUGUAUGGAGUGACAUCACACUGACUGCACACUGAGAGCUGGGGGUCAUAAUAAUACACUGUGUAUGGAGUGACAUCACACUGACUGCACACUGAGAGCUGGGGGUCAUAAUAAUACACUGUGUAUGGAAUGACAUCACACUGACUGCACACUGAGAGCUGGGAGUCAUAAUAAUACACUGUGUAUGGAAUGACAUCACACUGACAUCACACUGAGAGCUGGGGGUUAUAAUAAUACACUGUGUAUGGAAUGACAUCACACUGACUGCACACUGAGAGCUGGGGGUCAUAAUAAUACACUGUGUAUGGAAUUACUUCACACUGACUGCACACUGAGAGCUGGGGGGUCAUGUAAUUACACUGUGUAUGGAAUAACAUCACACACUGACUGCACAUUGAGAGCUGGGGGGUCAUAAUGUACACUGUGUAUGGAAUGACAUCACACUGACUGCACAGUGAGAGCUGGGGGGUCCCUUAAUAAUACACUUUUAUUGUAUGGAAUGUUUUGUCACACACAGGCACACUGAGCUAGGGGGUCAUAAUAUUACACUGUGUAUGGAAUGACAUCACACUGACUACACACUGAGAGCUGGGAGUCCUUAAUAAUACACUAUGUAUGGAGUGACACAUCACACUGACACCACACACUGAGAGCUGGGGGGUCCUUAUAAUACACUGUGUAUGGAAUGACAUCCGCACUGACUGCACACUGAGAGCUGGGGGUCAUAAUAAUACACUGUGUAUGGAAUGACAUCACACUGACUGCACACUGAGAGCUGGGGGGUCAUAAUAAUACACUGUGUAUGGAAUAACAUCACACCGACUGCACAUUGAGAGCUGGGGGUCAUAAUAAUACACUGUGUAUGGAAUGACAUCACACCGACUGCACACUGAGAGCUGGGGGUCAUAAUAAUACACUGUGUAUGGAAUGACAUCACACCGACUGCACACUGAGAGCUGGGGGUCAUAAUAAUACACUGUGUAUGGAAUAACAUUACACCGACUGCACAUUGAGAGCUGGGGGUCAUAAUAAUACACUGUGUAUGGAAUGACAUCACACUGACUGCACACUGAGAGCUGGGAGGUCAUAAUAAUACACUGUGUAUGGAGUGACAUCACACUGACUGCACACUGAGAGCUGGGGGUCAUAAUAAUACACUGUGUAUGGAAUGACAUCACACUGACUGCACACUGAGAGCUGGGGGGUCAUAAUAAUACACUGUGUAUGGAAUAACAUCACACUGACUGCACAUUGAGAGCUGGGGGUCAUAAUAAUACACUGUGUAUGGAAUGACAUCACACUGACUGCACACUGAGAGCUGGGGUCAUAAUAAUACACUGUGUAUGGAAUGACAUCACACCGACUGCACACUGAGAGCUGGGGGUCAUAAUAAUACACUGUGUAUGGAAUAACAUUACACCGACUGCACAUUGAGAGCUGGGGGUCAUAAUAAUACACUGUGUAUGGAAUGACAUCACACUGACUGCACACUGAGAGCUGGGAGGUCAUAAUAAUACACUGUGUAUGGAGUGACAUCACACUGACUGCACACUGAGAGCUGGGGGUCAUAAUAAUACACUGUGUAUGGAAUGACAUCACACUGACUGCACACUGAGAGCUGGGGGGUCAUAAUAAUACACUGUGUAUGGAAUAACAUCACACUGACUGCACAUUGAGAGCUGGGGGGUCAUAAUAAUACACUGUGUAUGGAAUAACAUCACACUGACUGCACAUUGAGAGAUGGGGGGUCAUAAUAAUACACUGUGUAUGGAGUGACAUCACACUGACUGCACACUGAGAGCUGGGGGUCAUAAUAAUACACUGUGUAUGGAAUGACAUCACACUGACUGCACACUGAGAGCUGGGGGUCAUAAUAAUACACUGUGUAUGGAAUAACAUCACACUGACUGCACAUUGAGAGCUGGGGGUCAUAAUAAUACACUGUGUAUGGAAUGACAUCACACUGACUGCACACUGAGAGCUGGGGGUCAUAAUAAUACACUGUGUAUGGAAUAACAUCACACUGACUGCACAUUGAGAGCUGGGGGGUCAUAAUAAUACACUGUGUAUGGAAUAACAUCACACUGACUGCACAUUGAGAGAUGGGGGUCAUAAUAAUACACUGUGUAUGGAGUGACAUCACACUGACUGCACACUGAGAGCUGGGGGUCAUAAUAAUACACUGUGUAUGGAAUGACAUCACACUGACUGCACACUGAGAGCUGGGGGUCAUAAUAAUACACUGUGUAUGGAAUGACAUCACACUGACUGCACAUUGAGAGCUGGGGGGGUCAUAAUAAUACACUGUGUAUGGAGUGACAUCACACUGACUGCACACUGAGAGCUGGGGGUCAUAAUAAUACACUGUGUAUGGAAUGACAUCACACUGACUGCACACUGAGAGCUGGGAGUCAUAAUAAUACACUGUGUAUGGAGUGACAUCACACUGACUGCACACUGAGAGCUGGGGGUCAUAAUAAUACACUGUGUAUGGAAUGACAUCACACUGACUGCACACUGAGAGCUGGGGGGUCAUAAUAAUACACUGUGUAUGGACAUCAACUGACUGCACACUGAGAGCUGGGGUCAUAAUAAUACACUGUGUAUGGAAUGACAUCACACUGACUGCACACUGAGAGCUGGGGGUCAUAAUAAUACACUGUGUAUGGAAUGACAUCACACUGACUGCACACUGAGAGCUGGGGGGUCAUAAUACACUACACUGUGUAUGGAAUGACAUCACACUGACUGCACACUGAGAGCUGGGGGUCAUAAUAAUACACUGUGUAUGGAAUGACAUCACACUGACUGCACACUGAGAGCUGGGAGUCAUAAUAAUACACUGUGUAUGGAAUGACAUCACACUGACUGCACACUGAGAGCUGGGAGUCAUAAUAAUACACUGUGUAUGGAAUGACAUCACACUGACAUCACACUGAGAGCUGGGGGUUAUAAUAAUACACUGUGUAUGGAAUGACAUCACACUGACUGCACAUUGAGAGCUGGGGGUCAUAAUAAUACACUGUGUAUGGAAUGACAUCACACUGACUGCACACUGAGAGCUGGGGGUCAUAAUAAUACACUGUGUAUGGAAUGACAUCACACUGACUGCACACUGAGAGCUGGGGGUCAUAAUAAUACACUGUGUAUGGAAUGACAUCACACUGACUGCACACUGAGAGCUGGGGGACAUAAUAAUACACUGUGUAUGGAGUGACAUCACACUGACUGCACACUGAGAGCUGGGGGUCAUAAUAAUACACUGUGUAUGGAAUGACAUCACACUGACUGCACACUGAGAGCUGGGGGUGAUAAUAAACCAGGUUUAAUUGUUUAUAAUACACCCUGUAUGUAAUGCCUUCAUGGAGAUAUAACAACUUAAUGUUAGCCUGUUCUGGGAGAAUAUUCUAAAAUGAGCCUCUGCUUUGUUUAAAGGGCAGAGCUAAUUUUUUUUUUUUUUUUUUUUUUUUUUUUAAAUCAACACAAAAAAGGACCUUAAUCUAACCACAAUAUAGGAAACCUUUAUCACUAUAUAAAUAAAAAACAUUUUUUAAAUCAGAGUGUUUUGCAAGCAAGCUGUCUUCUGUUUAAAAAAAUGUUACUGAAAUAAGCACUCCAUUAUCGGCUUUAUGACCGGUUUCUGUGACACCUGUAUGCAUGAGUACAGUACCGAACCCACUUAUUUUUACUUUUAGAAGUGGCUUAUGUGUACUGAUUUAAAUGUUCCAGAUAAAUAAGCUAUUGAUUUCUCAGGACUCCAUUUAACAUAUAGGGCGCCUUUUCAGAUUAGUCAGCUGGGCAAUUUGCGGACUGCCUAUAAAACCACACACAUCUUCCAAGUCCCUGCAAAAGGUUAAAGUAAACCAGAGGCACCAUAACCACUACAGUGCACUGAUGUGGUUAUGUUGCCAGGUGUGCCCUGAUGCAACUCAACUUCAGUAAAUAUUAAAAAUGGUUUGACUUCUUACCUGGGUACUUAAGAUGCAACUCCCCACCUCUAUGAAGCCUGCAGAAGAGCUGUAUACUCCUAGUUAGGUGCUUGCGUUGGCUCUCUUUAGCCAAGCUCUGCACAGCAGAGCCAGCUCAUUGGCCGAGAAGAGCAGUUCAGUUUCACUGCUUACAUUGGGUGGAGGAUUACAGUUCACUGGUAUCUAAUGAGUUAUGGUUUUGAAAAUUCAUCCAAAAGAAUGCAAAAUGCUUUGUUCUUGGAGCAUAAAAUCAAUAAAGUACUUCGGAAAUCUCUGAUACUGAUUGCUUUGUCUUAAUAUACUAGUGAUUGCUAACAAUAACUUUUCUUUUUACAGUAUGAGAUGUACAGCAUUGAAAGGAAUGCCGAACGCACUGCGUCAGCCGGUAGACUGCUAUAUGACAUGUGAGUGUAGUAUCAGCCCUUUAUUUUUCAUCCUACACCUUUCUUCGAUAAUGCAUAUUCUGCUGUAAUGAUAUCUUUCACACUUUAGCUAUUGUCAUACUAAGGCACUAUUAAGCUUUGUGAAUAUUCAUUGAUGAAUUGGGUUAUGUUAAUGUAAAUGCACCUUAAUUUGGCAUUUUGAAUUGGUUAAAUGUAGACCUUUCUGAAACAACUGCAAAUUAGGGAAGUAAUUCAUCCUCUUAUUUGGCAGUUAUCAUUUUCUUUCUUAUUGUUUGUGUUUCACAAUAUGAAAUCUUUUGCAAAUUUUUCAGAUAUAGACCAAUAUAAAAUGUCAGACUAUUUUAUGACAAAUGAGCUAAUAGAUCAUCUGAGACUGGUUCAUUGGAUAUGGACUGUUUUAUUCAAUUAACAAUGAACUAAUGACACACUUGCACAAAGUAGGACAAAACAAGAAUCGCAGUUCCAGCUAUGCUGGUUUUAUCUAAAUUUAGCAAUUUAUAUGUGAAUUCAAACUGAUUAAACCUACAAAUUACAUUUGAGCAAGAGGGUUUUCUUCUUUAAUUUGUUCUUAUUACUGUCAUUUCCCGUUUCGGAUCUUGAGUUCUGACAAAACGCUGAUUGCAGUGUUAUCUUUUUAUUUCUGAGCGUUUUUGGUGUUACUGAGAAAUUCUCCUUUUUCUUUUUUUGUCAGGUUUGUGAAUUUCCCGGAGCAGCCAGUAGUGUGGAGGGAGAUUGGUGUAAUCACAGCCGCUCUCCGCAAUGAUUCUCAGGACAAGCAGACACAAUUUUUAAGAGGCAGGUGUUCUUACAUUAUCUAAUCAUACUCCAACUCCUGCAAGAUUACAGAUGUCCUGCUCUGGGCAGUAUGUUAUUGUUCCUAUCAAACACUUUGAGCUGCCCUGAUAAGUAUCAGGAUUUCUUCUCAAUCUGUAUAUUGAUACCUACGAACAAUCUUCAGCUGCUCUGAUAUGCAACUCUUCAUAAAUGGUACAAAAAGUGCUACAAGUGUUCAUGCACAUUACAUGUCAGCUCUUUUUGUAGGGCUCACCCAUAAUAGUCGCCAUUGUCUCAUUGAUGUGGAAUCAAUAAAUUGAUUAUCUUGCGUAUAUGCCCCCGGCCAAAUUAAGAAGUAGUGCGUGCACGCUCCUAAAGUAAUUCACACCAGACACAGGUUUUGGGUUAAUGAAAAACUUGAGGAAUGUUUAUUCAGAGGGGACGGCACGUCCCUUAUAAAGCAAAAUUACCUCAUAUGCUUUGUUAGAGAUAACAUGGAAUAAUACAUCAAUAAUUGGUUAGGUGUUAAGUGGUUCAUUUAUUGCUCUUCCUACUGGGUGUGAUGUCACUGGUAUCUUGGAGGUCUCCCCCAGAUUCCAGCGCCAUCUUGUUAGUGAGGGUGUUAGUCGAUGCUAAAGGGGAAACUCCCUAGCGGCCAUUUUAGCUAAAUCACAUAUAAAGUUGAGUAAAUAGGCAUAUUACUAACAUAAAUUGAGUCAAUAUUUUUGUCCACAACACUCAUACUGCAUAACUUUUAUCCUAUCAGGUGCAGAAUUAACCACCUGGUGGCAGACAGCAAGGCCUGAAUUACUUAUAGUCCAGGUGAACAGUAAUUUACUGUAAAUAUAAGCAGUCUUAAAGGGAUUCUAUAGUGCCAGGAAAACAAAGCCGUUUGCCUCGCACUAUAGGUUCCUACAGUGCCCCCCUCCCUCACACACCCCUGCCCGCAGCACUGAAGGGGUUAAAACCCUUUAGUCAGUAACCUGAAUCCAGCGCUGAUGUCCCUCGGCUCUGGGUCAGGCUUCACACACAUUCCUCCUGCAAAAAUGGGACAUUGCACCCAGACCACUUCAAUGAGCUGACGUGGUCUGGGUUCCUAUAGUGUCCCUUAAAGUUGAAGGUUUUGAAUACAUCUUUGUUGUCUUCAUCACUGCAAACUUCUUCAGUGAUCCUUUCUUUUGUCACAUAUAUUUCAGAUAUUGCAUUUUGCUGUUUAGGAUUACUAUUUAAAGUUGCUGUGUAGGCACUGUCGUCACCACAUGAUGAUGUAGUAGUUAUGGUGCCAUUAGGCUGUCACCUUCCCCUAUUCAGCUACUGGAUGGCUGUAGAAUCUGGCCAAAAUUAAUAUUGCUGAUACAAAAGUGUAACUUCCACAUUGGCAUUACUGAGCACUGUGCCAGGCCACAGGUGCUGUAGAGGCCCCCAUUUUUGGUCAAUCAGCUCCAGACACUUUGGUUUAGAACCAGUGAACAACGUCCAUAACUUUAUGCAUGAAUGAAUGUACAGGUAUUUAUUUUUAGGGACAGUGAAUGUGAGUGCAGGUAUAUGUUUAUAUGGGGUAUCCAUCUGUACCAGCGCAUUGGUAAAGUAAAAUAUGGGUUUACUUUACGUAUGAAUGACAAUUCUGGGCUAAAAGUCUGAAUACAUUGCAAUCACCAUAGACCAAUGAAAUGGUCUUGUUGAUUGCUCCACAUCUAGACCUUUGUCCCAGAAUUUCUCUUUAGGAAUUGAUAUAUAUUAGUUGAUGCAAAUAAUGUGCCAAUGUUGAUUUUCCUUUUAUGCUGGCCAUAUAUAUUAUUUCACAGGUCUUUUUGAAGCCCUUCCUGGACGAGUACAAUGUGAGAUGUUAUUGAAAGCUACUGAACAGUGUUUUAAUACUCUUGAACGUGCAGAGAUGCUUCUUCUUCUACUGAGACGCUUCCCAGAAACAGUGGUGCAACAUGGGGUAAGGAAUUAUGGCUUCAAAGCUUCAAAGAAGACCGAUAUCGGCAUGUUUAUUUUGUGCAUGCCAAACAGGAGCUAAUUAAUAUGGAUUUGUGUGUGCUAAAUUCAGGAGUUAGGCAUUUGCUAAGAACACCUGCCAGCAAUAUAGCUCAUUAAGAAGUCAUUUAUUAUACAGCCACAGAAAAUCUGUUUUGGGGAAGAAACAAAUGGCUUCCUUUAGGUGCAAACUCUAGAUCUGCUGCUAUUGCAAGCCAAGAUUUCCUUUACAACCCAAUAACACAUGCAAACACAAAUGCAUAUUUCCUCUGGUAGUAUACGCUUAUCAGCCUCAACAUUAAAAACACUGACAGGUAAAGUGAAUAACAUUGAGUGUAUCGUUACAAUUGCACCUGUCUAGGGGUGGGGAUAUAUUUGGCAGCAAGUGAACAGUCGUUUUUGAAAUUCAUGUGUUGGAAGCAGAGCAAAUUGUCAAACAAAAAGAUUUGAGUGACUGACUGUGACAAGGGCCAAAUAUCGAUGGCUAGACGACUGGGAGAGAGGAUCUCAAAAAUGGCAAGUCUUGUGGGGAGUUCUCAGAAUGAACUGGUUAGUACCUACCAAAAUUGUGCAAGUAAAGACAACUGGUGUACCAGUGUCAGGGUCAUGGGUGCCAAAGUCACAUUGAUGCAUGUGGGGUGCGAAUGGCUAGCCCAUCUGGUCUGAUCACAUAGGAGAGCUACCGUAACUCAAAUUGCUAAAAAUGUAAUGCUGGUAAUAAUAGAAAGGUGUCAGAACAUGCAGUGCAUCGCAGUUUGCUGCGUAGUCGCAGACUGGUCAGAGUGCCCAUGAUGACCCAUGUCCACCGCCGAUAGCACCAUGAAUGAGGACAUGACCAUCAGAACCAUGGAGCAAAUGAAGAGUUUUUAGAGCAGGUAGAUGGCCUGGUGCAUGUGCAUCAUUUACCUGUGGAAGAGAUAGUAGCAUGAUGCACUGGGGGAUAAGGCAGGCCGGUGGAGGCAGUUUUUCUGGGCAAUGUUCUGCUGAGAAACAUUGGGUCCUGAUAUUCAUGUGGAUGGUACUUUGACAGGUACCACCUACCCAGAGAUUAUUGCAGAUCACGUAGACCCCUUCAUGGCAAUGGUGUUCCUUUCAGCAGGACCCUACCACACUGCACAAAAUUGUUCAGGAAUGGUUUGAAUAAUAUGACAAAGUUCAAGGUGUUGCCUUGGCCCUAAAAAUUCUCCAGAUUUCAAUCCGAUUGAGCUGUACUGGAACCACAAAUCAGAUCCAUGGAGGCCCCAACUUGCAGGAUCUGCUGCUCAUGUCUUGGUGCCAGAUACCACAGGACAUGUUCAGAGGUCUUGUGGAGUCAAUGUCUAGCACAAGGGGGGGGGGGAGCUACACGAUAUUAGGAAGGUAGUUUUAAUGCAGCUGAUCGGUGUAUAUUAUUUUUUUUGUGGGAUUUUUUUAUGGAGUGUUAUAUAUAUAUAUAUAUAUAUAUAUAUAUAUAUAUUCUGUUUAGCUAUGUUAAGUAGGAAAUAGGAGCAGAUAGCGUAAUCAUAAUUGUAAAGAAAAGUGAUAUUAAGUGCAAGAGACCUAGUGAAUGCAGAAAGGGGUUGAUCCAAAAAUACGGAGCAGUCUUUGCAUCCAAAACAGUCUUACGCAAGUUUAUGAUGUCUUUUAUAUAUGAGUUACUUAAGCUUGCAGUAAGGUAGCAGUAAUCUUUUUGAAAUAAGUAUUUGGCCAGAAAUAAUAAAUGCGUCAUAAAGGAACUUAUGGGGUCCAAAAAUAGGGGGGAGGAGAGCACACUCAGGAUGAAGUAAUUACAGCUUGUAGUAUAUUGCAAUUAACUAUACCUUUAUUCUGUUUAAUUAUCCCAUACCAGGUUAGCUUGGGUGAAACGUUACUAGAAGCUGAGAGUAUUGAAGAUCAGGAGUCGCCAGUAAACUGUUUCAGAAAGUUGUUUGGUAAGUUGAAUAGAGAAUGCAUUUUCUUUCUUCAUCCUUAGAGGACUGAUGUUCUGCCUUUAUUGAUGCUUGCACCAAGGAAUGGAAGCAAUUGCAAAAAAUCUUAGGUAACGCCAUAAGCCCUAAUGUAAAAAUAAUACACCAUAUAGUUUUCAAAAUUCAUUAAAAGAGCAACAGCUGAAGUAAUCUUUGCUUAUAAGGAACCACCUUCUUUACGUAGAAUAAAAGGAUUAAGUAAUAAUUGUAAUUAUUUAUUGUAAAUGUUAUCAUUAUAAAGCAUUUUCACUCUUGUUGGAAGAAGCAAGGAUGCCUGCUAUAAGUACUUUAUUUGCCUAUGGGAUAUAUGUUGUGAUACAAAGAUUAAAGGGAUACUCCUGUUCCCCAUAGCACUUCGAUUUAUGUUAAUGCACUAAUGUCUAUUCAUUCUUAUAAAAUUACUAGACUUAUAUUAUAUGGAAGUUCUGAUGAUUUUGUACCCCAGAAUCACAGUAUUCUCUCAAUUUUAAUGUGGGUAAGUGCAAUACAAUGCAUCUUCGGCGUAAAAACCCCAAGGGCAGAGUAUAGAAUAUUUAAUACCUUACUAACUUCAACAUCUGAGGAAAGGGAUUUAGAAGUCAUUAUUUCAGAUGACUUAAAGGUAGGCAGACAAUGUAAUCGAGCAACAGGAAAUGCUAGCAGAAUGCUAUAGGGAGAGGUAUUAGCAGUAGAAAGAGGGAAGUGCUCAUGCCAUUGUACAGAACACUGGUGAGACCUCACUUGGAGUAUUGUACACAGUACUGGAGACCGUAUCUUCAGAAGGAUAUUGAUGCUUUCGAGAGAGUUCAGAGAAAGGCUACUAAACUGGUUCAUGGAUUGCGGGAUAAAACUUACCAGGAAAGGUUAAAGGGUCUUAACAUGUAUAGCUUGGAGGAAAGACGAGACAGGGGGGAUAUGAUAGAAACAUUUAAAAAAUAAAGGGAAUCAACACAGUAAAGGAGGAGACUAUAUUUAAAAGAAGGAAAACUACCAAAACAAGAGGACAGAGUCUUAAAUUAGAGGGACAAAGGUUUAAAAAUAAUAUCAGGAAGUAUUACUUUACUGAGAGGGUAGUGGACGCUUGGAAUAGCCUUUCAGCUGAAGUGGUAGAGGUUAACACCAUGAGGGAGUUUAAGCAUGCCUGGGAUAGGCAUAAGGCUAUUCUAUAUAUAAGAGACUAGUGAAGUAUCAAGAAAAUUGGGAAGACUAGAUGGGCCGAAGAACUCUUAUCUGCCGUCACAUUCUAUGUUUCAAUUAAAGUAAUUAAAUUUUUCUAUCGUUUGUUGUUGGUAUAUUUGUAAUCCUGGCUUAGUGUGUUAUUUUUACUAAUCCCCUAUUUUGCUUAACAGUUUGUGAUGUUCUUCCUCUGAUUAUUAAUAACUUGGACGUUCGGCUGCCUGCCAGUCUGCUCUAUAAGUAUCUCAACAAAGCUGCCGAAUUCUAUAUUAACUAUGUCACACGUUCGCCACAGAUAGAUAACCCGCAUCAAGGUAACAAUAUCAGAGCUUCAUUAAGUAACAUAAUUGUGUGACUUUCUUUUAACUCCUUUUUCUUAUUGAAGCUUAUUUUAAUAUGUAGCCACCAUAAUCUCUUCAUAUAAUUGAAGUGGUUUUUGUGCCUGGAGUUCACCGCUAUCCCAAGGUUUAUUGUUAAACAUUAAAGGGACACUAUAGUCACCUGAACAACUUUAGCUUAAUGAAGCCGUUUUGGUGUAUAGAACAUGCCCCUGCAGCCUCACUACUCAAUCCUCUGCCAUUUAGGAGUUAAAUCCCUAGUCACACCUCCCUGCAUGUGACUUGCACAGCCUUCUAUAAACACUUCCUGUAAAGAGAGCCCUAUUUAGGCUUUCUUUAUUGCAAGUUCUGUUUAAUUAAGAUUUUCUUAUUCCCUGCUAUGUUAAUAGAUCCUGCAAGAGCCUCCUGUAUGUGAUUAAAGUUCAAUUUAGAGAUUGAGAUACAAUUAUUUAAGGUAAAUUACAUCUGUUUGAAAGUGAAACCAGUUUUUUUUUUUCAUGCAGGCUCUGUUAAUCAUAGCCAGGGGAGGUGUGGCUAGGGCUGCAUAAACAGAAACAAAGUGAUCUAACUCAUAAAGGACAGUGAAUUGAGCAGUGAAAUUGCAGGGGAAUGAUCUAUACACUAAAACUGCUUUAUUUAGCUAAAGUAAUUUAGGUGACCAUAGUGAUCCUUUAACAGUUUAAUUCUGAAUGUGGGUCCACUGGGUGCUCGCUACCCUGCCUCCAUUGGAGGUAUGGCAGAGUAUAAUUGCAUCACCUGUAGUAAUAUAUGCCAGCUUUGGGGGUCAGGGAUAGUCUGGGAAUGCUCAGCUAUGCCCUCUGCCAUUUGUUGCUUGGGCUAAAGGUGUAACAUCAUCCUAAACUACAGAGAGCGGCUUGGGCUGCUUGUUUAAAAACAAUAUAAUGUUGUCAAAUCGACACUCACCAUUUACAUAAAUAGAAGUAUACAGCAGGAAUAGGCAACCUUCGGCACUCCAUAUGUUUUGGGUUACUCCUCCCAUGAUGCUUUGUCAGUAUUAUGGAUUUAAGAGCAUUAUGGGGGAUGUAGUCCACAAUAUCUGGAGUGCCGAAGGUUGCCUCUCCCUGGUAUACAGGAAUGGGGCACUCAAAUCAAAGAGGGAAAAAAACUGAAAAAUAUAGUGUAACACUAUGAUGUAAUAUAGCAAAGUUUGGUAUAAUGAACUCCAAAUUAGCACACUCAUAUGAUGUAGAGCCUAAUCAAGAUUUGCUCAAAUCUGUAGCAAUUGUGUGUUUCGGGGUAACACAAACCCUCUUCUCGUGAGUUAGAUGAAUAUGCUCAUAGAAGUAAAAACAAACAUAUGAAACCCCAAUGAUGCAAUGUUAACCAAAUAUAGGUGAGAUAGUAUCAUAUGGAGAUCGCCUUCUAAAGAGCCAUUAAACCUGGCUCUGGGGUAAAACACAGGGUACCGAUAUAGGGUGGUACUCCCAAUCUGGGGCACAAAUUCUGUGUGCCAGAUGCAAUUUCUCUGUCUCUAGGGUGUCGUGUGUCUGCAAUAUUACGUUUUUCUUUAUUUUGUUUUAACAUGUUUACACCUUUUACGUAGAACGUAAAAUAGCAUUUUCUGUUAUUGUUUGUGUUUUUUGGGUAAAUUUCUUCUGUUAUUGUAAUAAAACACUUUCAGUUUGGCCUUUCCUGUUGUUGUUUCUCAUUUAUUGCUCAGUUAUUUGGUAUUUAAAUGUUUUUACUUGUACCCAGUCACACAGGAAGCAUCUGACCUUUUAUCACCUACAAAACGUAACUCCCAGAAAUACAUAAUUGAAGGCCUGACUGAGAAAUCUUCCCAGAUAUUAGACCCCUGGGAAAGACUGUUUAAGAUCCUGUCUGUAGUUGGAAUGAGGUGUGAAUGGCAGAUGGAUAAGGGAACAAGGUAAUUGUUUGAAAGCAUAUGUUGCAUAAAUUAGAAUGUUUUGUUACUUUAUAAAAUUGCAAGGUUUUUGCAGAAAACAUCUUUGUUGCAUCACAAUUGCAAAAUUCGAUAUUGUUUAGUUUUAUUUUAACACUUCUAUGCUCUUCUUAGCCAAGGGAUUUAAAUUUGUUGUUUUUUUGUCUGUGUAGACUGAUAACACCAUCAGAAUGGACAUGAACAUUGAAAUAUUAGAAAAAUGUGAAAAGUGUAUAAAAUCAUAUGGUUAUACAUCUGCUAGGGUUUAGAGUGAUUUAUCCAGUUUUAAACACACAAAAAAGAGUUUAUGUAAGUACUCUACCAAACAUUGCUUCUGUUUUUUUUACUGGUCUCCAAAACCAUGUAUGAUGGUAAUCAAAUGAGAAUGUUUUAUAUAGAUUUUUUUUUUUUUUUUUUGCUGUACAUUUUAUUAAUUAUAUACCAGCAUUAGAUAUGUAAAACCUUUUGUAUCCUUAUCUUUCUGUUUAAAAGUGUGCUUGACAAAAUUUCUGUCCAUUCCCAAGGUGACACUGAAACCAAAUCAUUCUGGUUUUCCACACCUGGUAAAUUGUUGCAUCUUAUAAAUGUGCACAUGGGAAAGAUUAAUGGAGAUUUAUAUUUCCACUGGGAUGUUGACUUGGAUGCAUAUUUAAUUAAAAUAAAACUAAUUGUAUUCAUAGAGAUGAGACCACAGGAACAGUAAAUAUGAUACAUUAAAUCGUAUAGUCUCACUUUUUAUUGACAACCAUCCAUUGUAUUAGACCUAGACUGAAAAAGGCAACAUGUAGAACAUUUGUUUUUAACCAAUGGGUCAGGACUCAAAAUUAAGUUCUCAUAUUUUUUCAGGGAGUCCCAAAAGGUUGGGACAGACACGCCAUAUCCAUGACGGUCCCAGGCAAUCACACACAAUAAAUUGUUUGUUUAUUUUAUUGACUGUACCUUCCCCACAGCAGAGUAGAGCCCUUUAUACUGGAAAGAGACUAAUGUUGGGAAUUUGCUGAAUUAAUUAAAUUAUAUAUUGCAUAUAUAAUUGCUAUAGAUAUAGCAGUUGAAGAUGAAACGGAGGUUAAUACUCAUCCUUGCCAAAUAACGUUAAGAACCAGUAAAAUGAAUAUUUCAGAAUGCUGUGACAUACAUCUUUUAUUGGGAUAGUAAUGUAUCAUUUCAUUCGUCCAGGAAUUUCAAUGACUUGUUUCACCGUGUGAAAGAACUGUGCAGGUACAUCAGCAAUUUUGAUAAUGAAGCCCAUGCAAAGUACAAAAGUCAGGUCGUCUAUUCCACAACCCUUGUUUUCUUCAAGAAUGUCUUCCAGUACAUCAGCAGCAUUCAGCCGUCACUCUUCCAAGGUAGGUAUAGACUUCGCUUAUCAUGUCCAUGGGUUUUUUUUUCUUCCCCCUUGUGAAUGCAACACAUUUUACAUUUCAAUUGCUCUUUAAAUACUCAUCGGAUGCCACUGCUUUUUGAUAACCCAAGUUUUUUGCCUAGUUUAUACUGCACUGUUUUUUUUAUACGGAAUCAGUAGCGACAUGCCUGUUUCUCUGAUUUAGUAAGCUUGCCAUUUGCCGCACAUUCAUUAUGUCUCUCUGUGCAGGGUUUUCUUUUUUUACUUACCCUGUGAUUGUUGCUUUCUAGUAGUGGUCACAUUUACAGAUGGAAUAUUUCUGGAUAUUUUCUGACUCGCUUUUCACUCUGACUAUCCAUCUCCGUAACUCUUUGUACACUUAGUAUUUGUAACUUUGUAGCAGUCUUGGCAAUUAUAAUAAUUAUUUGAAUGUUUCUAACCUAUUUAUAACUGUGCAGUUCAGCCAUUGCAAGUUUUUUACCAAUACGUCUUAAUAAAGUCAUGCCCUCUUAACAUUGUACCACCAGUUUUUGUCCAUUUGUUUUUAUUAUACAUCUGUUACUCCUGUCUAUCUACUCAUGAUCUUCUGAAAAUAUUUUUGUCUUUUUCUAAUAUUAAUCACUCAUUUAAGGCCCAAACGCUUCAAGUGCCCAAGUGCCUAUGGUUCUCUUGGAUGAUCUCUCCAAUGUCUACAGUGACGUUGAACUUAAUCCUGCCAAGCAUGUUCACAAAAGAAGAAAACUUGCUGAGAGCAGAGAGAAAACUAUGGUAAUUGUGUAGAAUUUAAUUCCAGUUGUUUUGUAUGGAGAUUUGAUGCAUUUUCAGGCACAAACUAAACGGACACAAGAUUUGUAAUUAAUAACGAAUAGCUUGUCAUCAUUGUCCGCUUUAUGCAUUUAGGAAGAAACGUUGUUUUUCAGACAUUUGAUCAUUUCAUGUGCAUUUAGCACCCUUUUUGGAACUAUUUCUGUUUAAGGAAUUACUUGGUUUUGUGUCAAAGUUGUUAUCUUUUAUGUACUCUGUGAGAACUAACGGGACAGAUAUUAAACAGCAUAUGUUACUUAGAAAUGUUUGGUGAGUUUCCUAUAACCAGUGUAUACAUUUUAAAAGGUUUGGCAUGACGUAUUUUAUAAUUAAACACUUUUAUCUGCUCAUUCCAUUCUGUGUGCAGACAUUAAGUUCGUAAACAUAAGUUAGUUAUCUAUUUACUCACUUUUUGUUUAUUUAUUUAUUUUUUUCUGGCAGAGCUCAGAUGAUGAAGAUCUUAGCGGCAAAGGGCGAAAUCGUCAUGUUGUGGUUCAGAAGAAUGACCUUUCUAAUCCCAAUGAAGUGUUAGAAUUCUUUAAGAUGGCUAGGGAAUGUUGGGACCUGCUGCAUUCCUCUGAGGCUCUUGACAAAGGUAAAGUUUUCGGUACCAUGUUACCGUGUUAUAACACACUUUUCUUAGAUUAGUAUAACUUGGUGCAUUCCCUUUUAUCUUAUAAAAGAUGGCAGGAAAUAUGAUUUUAAAAAAAAAACAUGGGUGGAGCAAAACAAGGGUGAACAUUCUUGUAUGAUACUGUACAUGAUCAAGUGUGUUUUUUAUUUUAUUAAAUGCUUAUAACAGUAAAUCUAUUGACUCUAGUAUACGAACCACAAGUCAGAAACUCUUCCUGCAGUGAUUUAGUUUGGAUCCUUUAAACUGGAUGUCACUAUUAUAAACACAUACACAUAGAGAGAGGAAGUGCAUAACAGUGAAAUGUGUAAAUCGUUUUUGGUAUCUGGAGACAUAAUAAGCCCCAAGAACCUGCAUAUUGUGUAUUUUGGUGCUGCCCUAGGGGUAAUGGAUCCCUUGUUGCACUUCAUCGAGGCACACCAUGCAUUAUGGGAUAAGAAGUAACUAACAACAUAUUGUAUGUACACACAUGUGUUUUAUAUAGGUAACUGAGGAUAGGGAAUAGUUUUUGAGGGCGUCUAUAUUUCACUAAAGGUGCCGCAGUGCAAUUUAUGGUUAAAUAGCCCCAGGGAGGUUGUUUUGGUUCUUGUAUCACAAAGAAAAAUAUGUGGUUUAAUUGGAAUAGAGCAUUUGGAGAAAGAAGGGCCAGUGCUCCACACCACAGCCUACAGACAGCACGGCAGGUGAACAAUUCAGUCCAGGAGAUCUGAAGUAUUUGGUUAGUUUCUCACCUGUAAGCAAUGAGCAGCAGAAGGCUUCUAAUACAAUUCCCUAUCGGGGAUUCAGUAAGAGAAGACAGAAGCAAUGGGUGAGAGUUCAUUGCUCUCCAGAGAGAGACUCUAGAGACUAAUCUAUUCCUCAGAGUAAAAAUUGAGUUAGACAGACAGGUAGCUAACACAGACCGGUUUCCAUCUAUUGAUUCUAUACAUAAAUGUUACACUCCUAAUCCGUUUACAUAGUUACAUAGCUGAAAAGAGACUUGCGUCCAUCAAGUUCAGCCUUCCUCACAUUUGUUUUUGUUGCUCCAAAAGAAGGCAAAAACCCAGUAUGAAGCGCUUCCAAUUUUGCAACAAACUAGGAAAAAAUUCCUUCUUGACCCCAAAGUAGCAGUCAGAUGUCUCCUUGGAUCAAGCAGCUAUUACCCCACUAAUUAGAAAUAAUAUCCCUGUAUGUUAUGUUUUUGCAAAAAUUUAUCCAAUUGUUGUUUAAACAUCUGUAUGGACUCUGAUAAAACCACCUCUUCAGGCAGAGAAUUCCAUAUCCUUAUUGCUCUUACUGUAAAAAAAAGUUUCUUUGCCUUAGAUGAAAUCUCCUUUCUUCCAGCCUAAAUGCGUGACUUUGUGUCCUAUGAAUAGCCCUGUUCAUGAAUAGAUUUCCAUAUAAUGGUUUGUACUGGCCCUGAAUAUAUUUGUAUAAUGUUAUCAUAUCCUAUAUGAGGCGCCGUUUUUCCAAACUAAGGAGAUUUAAAUUUUUUUACGUUUCCUAGUAACUAAAAUGCUCCAUUCCUUUAUCAAUUUUGUAACUCGUCUCUGCACUUUUUCUAGUGCCAUGAUAUGCUUCUGUAGAACAGGUGCCCAAAAUUGCUCAGCAUAUUAAAGGUGUGGUCUUGCCAGCAAUUUAUAAAGAGGCAAAAUGAUAGAUUCAUCCCGAGAAUGUAUGUCCCUAUUUAUACAUGAUAAAACCUUAAUGACCUUAGCAACUGCAGAUUGACAUUGCAUAUUGCUGCCUAAUUUAUUGUCUAUAACAAUUCCCAAAUCCUUCUUGUGUGUGGUUAUCCCUAAUUCACUACCAUUUAGGGUGUAAGUUGCUUGUGCAUUCUUGACCCCAAAGUGCAUAACUGUGCAUUUCUCUACAUUAAAUUUAAUCUGCCAUUUUAGUGCCCAGUCCCCCAAUCUUUCUAAACACCUCUGCAGCAAAGCAAUAACCUGCUCACAUUUUAUUACUUUACAAAGUUUUUUGUCAUCUGUAAACACUGAAACAUGGCUUUCAAUGACUAUUGCAAGAUUAUUUAUAAAUAUGUUGAAUAGAAGCGGUCCCAAAACAGAACCCUGAGGGACACCACUUACCACUUUUGUCCAGCCUGAAAAUGUACCUUUACCCCUUAAGGACCAAACUUCUGGAAUAAAAGGGGUUAAUGACACCUCGUUGUACUCUGUCCUUAAGCCAAUGUUCUACCCAAGAACAAGAAUAUUCAUCUAGACCAAUUUAUUUUAGUUUGAAGACCAACCUAUUGUGAGGAACCGUAUCAAAUGCCUUUGCAAAAUCCAAGUAGAUCACAUCCACUGCAACACCCUGAUCUAUACUUCUACUUACUUCUUUGUAGAAUGCAAUUAGGUUAGUUUGACAUGACCUAUGUUUCAUAAAACCAUGCUGAUUAUUGCUAAUAACAAAGUUCUUCCCAAUUAAUUCCUGAAUAUUAUCCCUUAAUAGCCCUUCAAAUAUUUUCCCAGUCACAGAAGUUAAGCUCACAGGUCUAUAAUUUCCAGGCAAGAACUUUGAACCAUUUUUAAAUAUAGGAACGACAUCUACCUUCCUACAAUCCUCCGGUACAAUACUUAAGACAAAAGAAUCUUGAAAGAUUAAAUACAUAGGUUCACUUAUUUCCCCACUUAGCUUCUUAAGUACUUGUGGGUGAAUACCGUCAGGUCCGGAGCUUUAUUUACAUUCAUUUUCUUUAACUGCUGUAGCACCUUGUCUCGAGUCAUCCGAUCACCAGUUAUCUGCAAGUUUUUUGCAGCACUCAUUUGAAUAUCUCUUGCCAUAGGAGAUUCUGGUGAAAUAUUGUUUAAACGCCAGGAGGAACACUAAGCAUGUUUGUUUAUUAAUAAGUAAGGUUGUACAAGCACACCUACUUAUCAGAUGAUAGCAUUUCUAUACAAGGGGUAAUAAAGUCCAUAGUGGGUAUUUUACCACAUUUUUCACAACUAAUUUUGAUAGAAUUUUUUCGUUAUAUUUUGUUAUUUUAUUUAUUCAUUUAUUAUUUAUGGUGUGUUUUUUUUUUUGUUUUUUUUUUAAAUUAUCACUAUAGGUGGUUUUAGUGUACUUGUUUGGGGUGAUGUUGUGUAUGUAGUGCCCCUUAUAAUUAAGGGAUUUUUAACAAUUAAAUAUUAAAAGUGAAGUUUUAACACUUGCUAAGUUAUAUCAAACAUGCUUAGUGUUCCUCCUGGCGUUUAAACAAUAUUUCACCAGAAUCUCCAAUUUCUCUCUCUUUUCUGUUUGUUUUAUCUAUUAGGGGUUACCCCCCAUGGAGGUUCUGGCUAUUUAAGGCUCUUCUCUUUUCUUCUUUCUUAUUCUUUUAAUUAGUGUUCUCUUGCCAUAGGAUCCUCAUUAAUGUAUACUGAAGAAAAUAGUUAUUUAAAAUGUCUGCCUUUUCCUGGUCUUCAUUAACUAACGGACCCAUCCAGGCCCGGACUGGCCAUCGGGCAGCCGGCCCUGCUGUGUGCCUCCAUGGGCCGAUGGGGAGAUCAAAGAUCUCCCUCACCGGCCCACAGGCACUGAGAUGCGGCCGCCAGCUGGGGAGGGAGGGAGACAGGAGAGGACCCGGCAAGCUCUAGCCAGCAGCUCCGCCGGGUCCUCUCUAGGGAUUCUGAACGCUCAGAUCUUGCAGGCUAGAGUUCACUCUCACCACUAAGAAUUUCUAAUUUUCUAGUUUAGCCACUCUAAUUGCCUUUUUGCAAGUAUUAUUGGAUUCCUUAUAUCUUGUAUAGGAUGCCUCUGAUUUGUCCGAUUUUAAAUUCUUUAAAUGUCCUUAUCUUAUUUUUAAUCUCUUGUUUUACUUCUCUACUAAGCCACAUGGGUUUCAAUUUGUUUAUUUUCAUAUUUACUGAGAAAUGUAACUUUCUAAUAUUUGUUUGAAUAGUUUCCAUUUAUCCUCAGUGGUUUUUUUUCACUAAGGAGUUUAUGCCAGUCGAUAUGUUGUAGAGCUGCCCUAAUCUUAUAGAAAUUGGCUUUUUAAAAAUUAUACGUUUCAGUAUACCCCACAUGCUUUUGCUUUAUUGAGCUUAUUUCAAAAGCUACCAUAUUGUGAUCACUAUUUCCCAAAUGCUCCCCUACUUGAAUGUUGGUUAAAAGAUCAGCAUUGUUUGUUAUAACGAGAUCCAGACAAGCAUCCUUUCUAGUUGGUGCUUGUACCAGUUGUGACAUGAAGGUGUCAUUCCCCUUGCUGAAAUACUAGUCACUCUAUCCCAAUUUAUGUCCGGUAAUUAAAAUCUCCAAUAUUUAACAUGUUACCCCGAUUUGCAGCUUUACCAAUUUGCUCUAAUAGCUCUUAUUCCUCAUUAAUAUUUACAUUAGGUGGUUUAGGUGGUUUAUAACAUUCCCCAACCAAUAAUUGAUUUCCCUUUGUUUGCCCCCAGCAGAUAUCUACCCAUAAAGCUUCCACAUUCUCCUCGUCACACUCCACAUGCCUAAGAUUUGACUUUAACUCAUGGUUGACAUACAAACAUACCCCACCACCCUUCUUGUUGUUCCUAUACUUCCUAAAUAACAUGUACCCAUUUAAGUUAACUGCCCAAUCAUGUGUCUCAUCCCACCAUGUUUCUGUUAUGCCUAUUAUUCUAUCAUAUUGUUUACUGGAUGCUAUUGCAGUUCCCCAUUGUGUUAUAUAGGCUCCUUGCAUUAGUAAGUAUACCUUUAAUAUUAUCAGUCAUUUAUACUUUUUGUGAUUUUUUUGUUUUUGAUUUUUUAAAUCAAUAUUACAUGCCUCCUCUGUUCUAAGCUUUCCCCUCACCCAUCUCCUUUCUAUCCUACCUCCAUUUUGUAGAUUGCUUUGACCCCCCCCCCCCCACUACCAUUUGAAAAUCUCCUCCAACCUUCUAACCAUCCUACCCCCAGAACAGCAGACCCUCUUCCAUUUAGGUGCAAUCCAUCACAACUAUACAGGUUGUACCCAAGCGCAAAAUCGGCCCAGUGCUCUAAAAACCCCAAACCCUCUUUGACUUUAGCCACGCAUUGACCUCUCUAACCUCCCGCUGCCUUUCUGCUGUAGCGCGGCACAGGUAAUAUUUCUGAAAAUAUUACCUUGGAGGUCCUUUUCUUUAGCUUACUUUCUAGUUCCCUGAACUCAUUCUUUAGGACCUUCCAUUUUCCUCUGACUUUGUCAUUGGUACCAAUAUGGACCAUGACAGCUGGGUCAUCCCCAGCCCCUCCCAAUAAUCUCUCUCUGUCGGCAACAUGCCGGACCCGAGCAGCUGGGAGACAGCAAACUGUCCGGUUGAGACGUUCAGAGUGGCAGAUUACCCUAUCUACUCUCUUAAUAAUAGAGUCCCCUACCACCACAACCUGUCUAGCCCUCCUUACACUCUCAACCCUACCCGUACUAGAGGGGCUGUUCCCACUGCUAUUAGAAGGAUCAGCUUCCUGCAGUACAGCUACUCCUGAGCUGAUGCUCCCAAUAUCUUCACUCAAACGGGCAAAUCUGUUAGGCUGCACAAGAUCAGGACUAGCUAAACCAUUCCUCUUCCCUCCCCUCCUGCUUCCUCGCCCCACUGGUACCCAGCUAUGUGCCUGCUCACCAACUGUCUCAACUCCUCCCACUACCUGCACCCACUAAACGACUCCUCUCAAGAUUGUCAAUCUCCCUCAGUGUUGCAAUUGACGUCUCCAGAUCUACAAUCGUGAGCUUCCAGAAAAGCCACUCGCUCACACCCACCACAGAGGUAUGGACCCUGGACAGAAUCAUCCAGGCAUGCAUACAUGCGGCAUGAUAUGCACUGAGUUAAACUCGCAAUCUUGCUAGCACUAAUCCCCAGUUACCAAAAACACAAGUGAGCAAAACAAUAUUUACCCUCUUGGUUUAAACUCGCUUAUAGUUUAAAAACACCUGUUGUUUCAACUCCUUCUUUAGAUAGCCUACUUUCAAGCAAACUCCAGUGAGCAAGCUCUGUGAGUCAGUAGUGGGUUUAUAUUGGCACUCCCCCUAAUUAGCGAAGCAGCAGCAACAGCACCCACAAGGAGGGGAAUAGAAACCGCAAGAGAGAAAAAAGAGGGAAAAGGUUUUAAAUUAAAAACAGCAAGACGAAAAAUAUAAAUAAAAAAGGGACAAGAACAUAAGACACAGUAAGGGAAGAGUUCAAUGUGGUGAUGAGAUAUUUAAGAUUUGUUAACACACUAUGUAGUGAGGAAAACACUAGAACAUGGUCCUAGAUUCUAGGAAAAUGUGUGAAGCACUAGUAGAAAUAGCUGUUUUUUUGUUGUUUUUUUUUUUUUUAAAUUUUAUUUGGUGCCUGUUUAGAAUUCUCCAGGAUUUGCUUACCAUGGAAGACGGACACCUGGCUGUGGUUAAGGAUUUUCCUCACUGAUAUGGUGAUAUACCAGGUACGUCAGGUUUUCUAGUUUGUUUUUGUUAAUAAUGAGCAAUAAAGGCAAGUGAUACAUCAUUCAUUUUAUAUCACUUAAAUGUUUUUAGUUAAAAGGAUGUAGCAUGUCCAUUUUUGCAGUGUUAAAGGACCACUAUAGGCACCCAGACCACUUCAGCUUAAUGAAAUGGUCUGGGUGCCAGGUCCAGCUAGGGUUAACUCUUCUUUUUUUUUUUUUUUUAUAAACAUAGCAGUUUCAGAGAAACUGCUAUGUUUACACUGAGGGUUAAUCCAGCCUCUAGAGCCUCUAGUGGCUCUCUCAUUGACAGACGCAAGAGGCGCUUGCGUGCUUCUCACUAUGAACUGGCUGAAUGCGCGCGGCUCCUGCCGCGCAUGCGCAUUCAGCCGGUGACGCCGCUAGGAAGAAGGAGAGGAGGAGGAAUGCUCCCCGCCCGGCGCUGGAGAAAGGUAAGAUUUUAACCCCUUCCUCUCCCCAGAGCACGAGUAUGUUUUCCUGGCACUAUAGUGGUCCUUUAAGAAAGAAAAACUCCAGCAAUUGUAACACAUACAUGUCAAAGAAUUAAUACAGCUACAUCUUUAUACAAAUUAUUUCAAAAUAAAACAGGCUAACUAGAGUAAUGCAAGGGGAACACACAUAAAAAUGUAAUGAGACGUGAAACCUGGGGAUUCUUAUAGAAAAUAUGCAAAAGUGAAUAGUCUACUCUUGAAUGAACCUCUCUCAUGGUAGAGUAGUCAUGUUGUUUAAUUACCUCUCUCCCGUGGCUGCUGUGCUAAUUGCAGUCUUACAAUCUGACUAACACCCCCAAUUGAUGAGGUCCUUUUAUUUCCUCCAUCUCUCGAUUUUGAUAUUUCUGUUUGCAACAAGUUACAUUUUCCCCAGAAAUCAUACAGUACAGUAGUUUAGAAAUUCCCAAGCUACAUAGAAAAUGGAUCAGCUGCAUUAGAUAGGAAUUCACCCCAACAGAUAACCAUGGACUUUGCAGUGACCUUAAUACGGUCCUUGAAAUUUGUGAGGUUGCCAGAUAACGAUUGUAUAUGCUCCUGAAAUCUGUAAUUUUUCACAAACUCCAAUCCACAUUUAACCAGGUUAAUGGGUCAUAUUUAAACUGUUUGUCAUAUUGUCCAAAUCUCCUUAAAGGGACAGCAUAAGAAAGGAAUUACCAGCCUACACCACAUGGCAGCUCUGCAAGGCCCUCACUCUCCUACACAACAGAUCAUUGGGCAAGGAACUCUGGAGCAGCAGCGAGCCCUGAUUCAACUUGCAUCCUGUCACUUUUCCCUUGGAGAGUAUAGGGUAUGUACACCUAGACAUUGUAAAGAAAAUGUCCAAUUAGAUUUUUCUGGCAGACUGCUUAGUCUAGAGAAGUGGUUCCCAAAACAGUCCUCAAGGAACCCCUACCAGUUCAGGAUUUAGGGAUUACUCUUUUGUGUCCAAGGUGUUUUUGUUUUUCUAAAAACACCUUGGAUACAACUGGGUAAUACCUAAAUCCUGGACUGGUAGGGGUUCCAUGAGGACUGGGCUGGAAACCACUGGCUCUCGAGUGUGAACAAUUGUAUAAUAUAAGUACUUGACACAACUCUGGUGAACAAAAUGUGAUUAUGGUCUUCUCAAAUUGGCAACCAAUACAUGAAAACAGGGCAGUGCAAAUGGUAUAUCUCAGCUGCUUUAGUAAUACCUCUUGCACAAUGCUAAGCCCUUCUAUAGGCUUGGAGCAUCACUACGUUACAAAAUGUAUAAAAAAAAUAAAACUCACACAAACUCUAUUAACUAAAUAACCAUAAACAUUAUCUGAACAGGGUCCGCAUAUUACUGGUACAUGUAGACUUAUGUCAUGAGUUCAGAACAUGUGUUCAAAAUAGUCAGAUCACUUGAAAAAUGGCAGAUGGGUACGUCACGGCUGGAUACGGUCUCCAUCUUGUAAGACCUUGAGCUUGCAUACAUGCCUGACCAUUUUCUGUUUUUAAUUUGUAAUUUUUUUAUUUUGUGCCUUCCAUUAGCUGACAUGUGAAAAAGUCCUGGAAUUAAUCAAUUUCAUAGUGCCCCCAGCACAAGAGAUCUCCAAGAGCCGAGAAGAACUGCCAAAAGUAAAACCUAAAUUCAGAAAAGGUUAGUGUUACUUGAAUCUUUUGAAAGUGUGUAUUAUUAACUUGAUCUGUGGCUCAUGUAAUCUUAUUUGAUUGUGCGUGGGCUGAAAUUGAAAACCACUGAAAUGACUUCACUGAGUAUCAUUGUGCAGUGCCAGGAGUUAGUACUGUUUGUGUUCAUCGCUAUAUGCAUGCCCAUGCAGGUGUAGGUAACCCUCAGCACUGCACUCAAGAGGUCAUGGACUACAUCUCCCAUGAUGCUUUUACAGCUAUAAUGCUGGCAAAACAUCAGGGGAGAUAAUGUUUACAACACGUGGAGUUCUGAACGUUGCUUACUCUUGCCCUAGAGUUCACAUAUGGCUUAAUGUCAACCCUUGACUAGUUGAAUCUAGAGUUGGAAAACUGCACUUUUAUUUUUAUAUUUUUUAAUCCCAAGUGCAUAACUGGACCCGAGGUGGGCAAAUCCUCAGUCAAGCAAUAGGCAAAAGAAAAGGAUAGUCCAGGCACUCAAGGUUGAAUAAGAAGCAAAUUUAUUGGAGAAACAAGGUAACGUUUCGUCCUCAACCGAGGCCUUUGUCAAGCUUGAGCAUUGCGGUGUUUCUCCAAUAAAUCUUCUUCUUCUUAUUCAACCUUGAGUGUUUGGACCAUAGUUUUCUUUUUCAUAAGUCUUCCGUACUGCCCAGGCAGAAAUAGGCCAGAUUGAGCAUUGUGCGAUUUUCCAAGUCUCCACUGAAUUUUUCUGGUUUAACAAUGAAUGAUUCUGAUAUAUUUAAUCCGAUAGAAGCUGAAUAUUUGACAUCUCAUAAAUAUGACAUUUCUGCACAUAUUUUUAGUUUGUAUUAUGUCUCCGUCCACCUUACCUACCUGUGGAAAAACCUAAAUUGUUUCUAUUUGCCUUACCCCAAAUGUUCUAGUUUUAUAGGGCUUGUUUUUUCUUUUGUGUUUUAGGAUCUGAUCUAAAACUUUUACCUUGUACAAGUAAAUCUAUUAUGCCUUAUUGUCUUCAACUGAUGUUAGCAUGUUUAAAGGUGAGUACAUUUUGUAAAAGUGACUUUUUUUGUGAAUAUCUGUGUAGAUGUCAGAGUAAGCGUCAGGUUGGUUAACAUAUGAUCCAUACAUUUUGAUAUCAAAGUGUACCUGAAGAUCUCAUUUACAUCGCCGAAGAUAGCUAUUGUUGGUUCUAAUAGUGGCAGAGACAACCAGGUCCUUCCUAGUUUUAUAAAAUGAACAGCACUGAAGAAUUUAUUUAUAACUGUUCCUCACACAUACUUAGAAAUUUUGUCUCAUUUUUAUCUUAGAACACUUGUUACGGUCUGAACUUUAGAUUUGUUAAAACUCCUCAACUGACUAUAUCUUCUGGCACUAAAAUCUUAUUCACAUUACAUUACAGCCACAUAAUGCACUUUAGCUUGCUGGAGUGCUUUAUAAGUAAACAUGUUGGUUUUUUUGGGGGGUUUUUUUUUACAAAAAGUUCAGAAAUUGUUAUAACCUUUGCUUUUCUAGCAGACAACAGGUUCUGUUACUUCCUUGUUUAUUUAGCUCAGUGGAGCUAAACUCAAGAGGCAGCAAUUGCCCAAAGCACGUCUCUUGCAGAAAUUUCUCCUUUAGCUACAUUGGGAAGUCUGUGAUUGGACAGCCACAGAAAGUCUAGGCGAGGUUAGAAGGAGAACUUGUAAAGGCUAUAGGCAAGAUUUCUGCAGCUUUUGCAAGCUGUUUUUAGAUAAACCCAAUGAAACAAUGCAUAAUUAAACACACAAAUGUUUUCAUUUGGGGUACAUUACUAUGUUACUAGGCUACUCUGAGAGUAAUCUUUUAUGUUUCUUUUUUCGCACACCUUAUUAUUAUUGGAACAGGGGAAGCAGUAGAUCAUAGGGUUUCAAACAACUGUGGUUACUAAUAUGUUAAUUUUCUUUUCUGGUAGCUCAGAGCCUUCGCUGACACUCGGGAUGACAUUGCUUUAGGGCAUGUCAUUGUGUUACUUCAGCACGACUGGCCAAAAGGAGAAAACCUGUUCCUGAAAGCAAUUGGCAAGAUUUGUCAGCAGGGCAACUUCCAAUAUGAAAACUUUUUCAACUACAUUACAAGUAUCCUUUUAUUGCUCCAUAACUUCAGUAAAGCUUAGGCUUCAAAAUGAAAGCAAACUUUGAAAUAGAUUCAGCAUACCCUAAUUUGUUUGAAUAUUGGCUAAACAAUUGCAUAUCAAGUCAAAUGUUGCAUUUCUGGAGUGGAACAUGUGCUGAAGCUGUUUGAAGGACCAACAAGCCAAGUCAGUGCAUACAAGGUGCUUCAACAAGCAAGUUCCAAGAGACCCUGUAGUUCACUUUUUUUUCCCCCUCACAUUGGUAAGUCAGAGGAACUUGUCUUGCACUAUCUGCUUUGGUUUUUAUUGUGUGGCUCUUGAAGGCCAAGGUCACCCAUUUAAUCUUUUCCUAUCACCCCAUCCCCCUUUGUAGCACUCUAAAGGAAUGAUGUGGUGGGUGUUCCACUUUUAAUGUUUUUUUCAAAUAGAUUGUGAAUACUAACCUAUGUAGUCCUUUGUAUCUCAUUGAACUAAUGGUUCUUGACAGAGAGAAAUAUUUGUUCUUAUCAACUCAUAUUCAUCUAUUUCCUUAACGGGCUUUAAAGACAUUGAUAUGUUAGAAGAAUUUGCCUACCUAAGGACACAGGAAGGGGGUAAGAUUCAUCUAGAGUUAAUCCCCAAUCAAGGAGUUCUACUCAAGUAAGUUAAAUUAAAAAUAAAUGUUAAUAUAUUUUAUGAAUGCCAAUGGAAGAACAUAGCAUUUUAGUUUUUUUGUUUGUUUAAAUUAGGUUCUUACUUCUUUGAACGAAUAUCUACAGGUAAUUAAAUAACAUUAUCACAGAAUUUCUGAACAUUGAUAUCAAGUGGGCUUGCCACCUAAAAGAUUUUACUAGGACCAAAACAAUAUAAAAAACAAACUACGGCCUUGAUGUAAAAUUGUUGGAUAAGCUUUCCAAAUUAUUUAAUAUUUAAAAAAAAAUAAAAAAAAUUUUUUUGAAUUAUUUAUCUUCAGAAUACACCAUUACAGUCUGGGAGUUUUUUGAGAUACAUCAUUUUGAAAAGAAUCUCUAAGAUUUUUAAAUAAAGCCAUUGUUCUUUUAGCAUUUAAUUUUUUUCCCUUCUUUUUCUGUUCAGAAAUGUGUUGUUCCUAAAUUUACAUAAAAAGGUGCAAGCGUGCAAAUUUUUUUGGGGGAGGAUAAACCACUCUUCCUUCCAUUUAUUUUAAUGAAUAAAAAAUCCUUUAAAUUGCAUAUGUGCCUUUUUUCCUGGUAGUAUUACACAUUUGUCUAGUGAAAGUAUCCAACUGUAAAACCAUCACAUAAAAAGUGGGGAAAUAUUAUUUUAACAUACUGCAGAAAAAGCAGGAAACUGGUUGUUUACAUAAGAACAUGCCGCAUGCACCCAAAACUGGCACAUUCAAGAAAACGAAUGCCACAUAUUUUAUAUAAAAUCCCUAAUGUUUCCUUUUUUCUCAACCUUCACAAACAGUGUUCAUUGACAGAAAAGUGUAGAAUUUAUAUGAUUUACAUAGGUCCAAGGUAGAGCUUCUUGGUUUUAGAGUAGGUAAAUACAACAAUGUGGAUUUCUACACUUAAAGGAACACUAUAGGGUCAGGAACACAAACAUGUAAUCCUGACCCAAUAAUGUUAAAAUCACCAUCAAGCCUCCCUGUCUUGCCUCCCUAAAUAUAGUAAAAUCUUACUUGUAUUCAAGUUUAAAGCUGCUGCCUGUUUGGCUGACAUCAUCAGAAGUGAUUCUCUGAACCAAUCAUAAUGCUUUCACAUAGGAUCAGCUAAGACUGUCAAGGCAGAUCAGAGGCAGAAUCAGCACAAGCCAAACACAGCCCUGGCCAAUCAGCAUCUUCUCAUAGAGAUGUAUUGUAUCAAUGCAUCUCUAUGAGGAAAGUUCAGUGUUCAUGCAGAGGGUGGAGAAACUGAAUGGAAGUCACUGCCCCAGGAAGCACCUCUAGUAGCCAUCUGGGGAGUGGCCAGUGGAGGUUUAUCUAGACUGUAAUGUAAACACUGCAUUUUAUCUGAAAAGAAAGUUUUUACUGUAAAAAGCCUGAAGGGAAUGAUUCUACUCACCAGAAUAAAUGCAAUAAGCUGUAGUUGUUCUGGUGACUAUAGUGUCCUUUUAUUUAUAGUUUUUGGGGCAACACUCACUCAUGUUUGUGCAAAAAGAAACCAACUAUAACUUUAAUGGAACACUCUGACAUUGAAAUAAAGAGUAAACAUUUUUAGAAUAAAAUUUUUAAAAGUCUAGUUUUACUCCCAUUUAAUUAUGUGCUGGGCAGUCUACUGCUGGUAGCUGCUCUUUCUCUUUAAAUAUCACCCAGCUGCAUGACCACUGGUUCAAUCCAGUGCUUUUUUGAGAAGCAUUAGGCAUUGAAUGCUUCUCAUAGCGAAGCACUGCAUCCAUUGCUUUUCUGAGCAGCAUUCACAGCGUUUGGUGGAAUCAUACUCUGUGCCAUUGAAUGUAAAUACUUUCAAUAAUGUAAAGUCUUCAGUGAUGAAGUCCCUCUUGUGGCUGUUAGCCUGACAGCCACUAGAGGCAUGUUUACAGCAUAUAUGGCGCUAUAUAAAUAAGAAAAUAAUAAUAAUAUAGUCUGUAUCUGAACACGUAUAAUGGCUAUAUGCAUCAAAACCACUUCUUAUUUAAGAUGAAGUGGCUUUGGUGCAUGGAUUCAAGCAGUUCUUUCUGUGAGUUCCCUCAUGGCCCAAAAGGAUAAUUAAAAAAUAAAUAAAUGUGGGUUUUUUUGUAAGCGAGGGUAAAGCUGUUUUUGGGUGUUUUUGAACAUUGGUGUUUGCUGUUUUUAAAGGGCGUCUAGCAGUACCCUGGGGUUGCUGCAGCAGGAAUUCAUACCUGUCCUACAACCCAGCAUAGCAGCCGCUGACAGGUACCAAGUCUGCACAGCCUGCUCAUAAUGUGCUCUGUGGUCAACUUUUUUUUUAAACUUUUUUUCACAGCCCAUAGUUUUUUACUGUUUGGUGUCCAAUAUUUUUACUCAUAUCUUUAUUUUAUUAUUCAAGCAUCAUUUGACUGUACUGUUUGACAUUGCACAUUUUCUGACUCAUCAGUGACUGGUGUUUGUACUCAGUUGGCAACCUUUUCACAUCACAUGAAACUAUGAACGUCUUGUCAUACAUCGCACACUGCAUGGAGCAGUAGACCUUUUAAUUGCCAUUUGAGUCAUCCCAAAUAUACCCACUUCUUAGCUCUCAACAACAUAAGUUGUCUUUUUGUAACAGCUGCAUGUGAAGUAGGAAUGUUUAAUUCCAUUUAGUAGUAUAAUGGUUCAUUGCAGGAAAUAUCGUACAGUAUUGUCACAGGUUUAAAGGACCACUCCACUGCUAUACUCAUGCUAGAGGAGUGUUAAAACUAGAGUUUUGGGGAACCAAAGAAAAUGCAAACGCAAUGACUUCAAGAAAAUGGCUUGACUAGGACAAGUUGCAACUAAUAAAACAUGAGAGUUGAAAGAUCAUAAAGCUUGGUGUUAACUGAAAUGUGUGGUUGACAAACGGUCUGGAAUGCCAGAAAAGUUGGUCAGCGAAACACAAUUUUUCUGCAACCUUUUGAGUUGGCAAUGUUUUCAUCCAACAGUGUAGAUAUCUGCCCAAGCUGUUUAUCAAAGAACAUUCAGCCAACAUAAUUAAGGCCUACUUAGAGCAGAUAUUUACCACUAGAACCUUCUGUGUUAUGCAUAAUUGGGGGGAUUGAUUGAACAGGGGAAGAGUACAAGUGUUCAAAGUAAAAAUUCCGCUAGACACUUUAGAAGAAAAUAAAAAAAGGGCUUGGGAAACUACAUAGUUUUCUCAAGUCAUUUUGUGAAUAAGGAGCUACCGUUAGCCAAUCGUUGAUGCACUUGUAUGAGGCCUGAUUCAAAAAGAGGAAGGAGAUGGGCAUUAAAUUGUUUGUUUUUACAGUUUAACCCCUAAUGGCAAGCCGGCUCCAGGGCCCUCAUGGCAUCAUAACCGCUUCAGUCCGAUGAAGUUAUGGGGCCCAGAGUUUUCCUUUUUUUAAAGUACAGUAUAUAUACAAUUAUACUGUAUUAUUUGCAGAGUUUAAAACCAAAUGAUAGGAUAGACCACACAUUUUAAGGUAAUGUUAAAUGUAGUCGGAAUAUAAACUAAAUAUUGUGUGUUCUAAGCACAGAUUCACCUGUACAAACUAUGAACUGGUCGUGUGUUCUGAACGUCACUAACAUAUAUUGACACAUUAUUCUUUGUGUUCCAGACAUCACACUGUAACGCGAGGCAUUACAAAGGGGGUAAAGGAAGAUUUCAGACUUGCCAUGGAGCGGCAAGUGUCUCGCUGUGCUGAAAAUCUGAUGGUUGUACUGCAUCGCUUUUGUCUAAAUGAAAAGAUUUUACUAUUACAGUGCCUCACUUAAUCUCAAGAAGGAGAAUGUUCCUUGUUUUAACUGUUGAAUUUCAAUACUGUUUGUUAUUGAUUGGUUCUGUUACUGUUUAAGGUAUGUAUUUACCAUGUUCCACAGGCCUGUAAAUAGAUUCUACAUAUGCCAUAACAGAACGCUUUGACCAGCUUAUUUUAAUGUAACUGAUCUGUUUAAGAUUAAUUAGGUUUUUCUACCUAACCCGUGUAAAGCUGCUGUAAAUAGCAAAUAUUUCUGCUUAUAUGCCAUCAUAUGUGUCUGUAAAUAUUCCGCUUUGCAUAUAAACCGUAACUAAUCGUGUCUUCGUAAGUCAUAAAGAUUCUACUUGCUGUAUUAACAAAGUUGCACAGAUGAGGAGCAAGAAAGGCUGGUAUAUUAUGUUGGUGUCACCUUGUUUGCCAAUGAAGUGUCAUAAUGUAUCAUUUUCCUGUGCCCUGAAAAAUCGAAAAUGUAUUAAAGAAAAAAAUCUGCCUAAAUGACUAUGGAUUUGAUUAGUCU